AGCAUGGAGGUACCGCUGGCCAAUGGGAGCGAAGGGGGCGGGGCCAGGCGGCGGCGCGCGGCGGCCAUGGGGCUGCUGACGAUCCUGAAGAAGAUGCGCGAGAAGGAGCGAGAACUGCGGCUGCUCGUGCUCGGAUUGGACAACGCAGGGAAGACGACCCUGCUGAAGAGGUUCAAUGGGGAGGACGUGACCGGAACCGCCCCCACCCUCGGGUUCAACAUCAAGACCCUGGAGCACCGCGGGUUCAAGCUGAACGUGUGGGACGUGGGGGGGCAGAGCUCCCUCCGCUCCUAUUGGCGCAAUUACUUCGAGAGCACAGACGGACUCGUGUGGGUCGUGGACAGUGGGGACCGGGAGCGGCUGCAGCUCUGCGGGAAGGAGCUGAGGGGGCUGCUGCGGGAGGAGCGCUUGGCCGGUGCCACCCUCCUCGUGUUCGCCAACAAACAGGACCUGCCUGGGGCGCUCCCGGCCAGCGCCAUCCGCGAGGCGCUGGAGCUCGACAGCAUCCGCAGCCACCAUUGGUGCAUCCAGGGCUGCUCUGCAUUCACCGGCCACAACCUCCUGCCUGGCAUCGAUUGGCUCCUGGAUGACAUCGCCAGCAGGGUCUGCCCCCCCGACUGACCCCCCCCAUGGACCC